GGCCAUUACAUACGUAUCAUGGAUGCAAAUCAGUAAUAAUUAUCUUUUGUAAAUAGAAUCUUCAAAAACAGUAAUUUAUCCUCUCGAUUUUAGCGAUGCUUGUCAAUUAUUACAGAUUGCUGUUUCCUGUCUUAUCCGUACAUACUGAAAUUACUAAAAUUAAAAUUUCUUGGUUGGAAUCGAACGUUGUUGAACAUUUUUCCAUUAGAGCUACCAGCGUCGGAAUUAUAAUCGCUAGUAGAAGUGAAUUAUUUAGUAUAGAUAGCAGCAGCAUUCUCUUUUCUCGUCAGCGUAACUCAUCCUGUUGUAGGUGAUCUGUGGCGAUCUGUGAUCGUUUAUAACGUUUUUUUACUCAUCGUGGUCAAAGCUGUGGCUGUUAUUUGGCGAAGUGCUGUUAGUGUUGGACUAAUACGAAGUUUAAAGAGCGAGUCAACAUGAGUCUCAAUGUGAACUGGGACGUGGAUGAGUACAAAACAGAGCAUGAGUGUGACGAGCACUGGCAACUGAGGAGAAGCUUCAUGUUGGCACACAAGGACAAGUUCCCAGAAGAUCGGUUGGUUUGCCUUGCCCAAGUGUUCACAAACACUGAGUUUUUAGGAUGCAGAUAUCCAGCAGAAACAAUGCGACUGGUAGCAAGUCUUGCCCAAGGGGUAGCUGAUGAAUACCGCGAGAAGCAGAAAGGCCGACUCCAGCGAACAUUUGUACAGGCUUCUGAUGCUGCGGGUGCAAAGGCUAAAGGACUAAAGAGACCAUUGCAAGAAGAAGGACCUUCAGAAGCUACAGUGUCAUCACAACAGGAAAAGAAAUUACCUCGUUUUGAUCCCAGAUCUGUCAUUACUGUUGAUGCCCGUCUGCAGAAUCGUUUCACUUCCAAGUCACAAGGGGACUCCUCCACAGUGGCCAAAGUGACAUAUGGACCCUCAGUUUGUGCUACUUCUCGGGCUCAGAACUCUGCUAAUGGUUCACUGAGAGUUGACAGUUCACGUUAUGGCGGAGUAAAGACUUACCAUAUAGACCAGGCAGCUGCUGGAAGACCACCACAAAGUACAGGACCAGAGGUUGGCGGGCCGUAUGGCAAGUUGGUCAUAAUCGAGCCUGCAAACCAAGCUGUAGGUGCCAUGCAUACCCUGCAGAAGUCUACAGCAAUGUGUCAGGUGCCAAUGCGUGUCGUGUAUGGCCAGCACGUGUCUUCUGAAGUGUCAUGCGACUUAUAUGUGAAUGGGGCGUUACUGGUGUCUUCGCAUGAGAAAAACAGGAAAGUUGCAGGCCGUGUCGCAGCUGAGGAGGGAUUACGGAAACUGAAGGAAACUUGCUACACUAUCAAGAUGAAACUGAAGUUCCUGUCAGACACAACCAUAGACAAAUCUCUGGGUGUUACUUGCAAUUCUGAUACAGAAUAUGCCGAUGUCAGUGUCCCUGUGUCAGACAACAAUGUUGGCAGCAGGUUGCUGCGGUUAAUGGGAUGGACUGGUGGAGGACUCGGGAAAGAUGCACAGGGAAUCGAGGAGCCUGUGAAGAUACAAGAACACAUCAAUAGAGCUGGCUUGGGAUUGUCACAGCCAAAGUCCAAUAGUUCAGAAGAUCGUCAGUUCAGAGCAAAAGUUCAGCGCUUGAUACAAGACUAUGCAAAUGGCAAUUCACAGUAUGAUCUUGUAUUCUCUUCAGACUUCACCAUCGAAGAGAGGAAGAUGAUGCAUGGCAUUGCUACAAGGCUGAAGCUGAAGACCAGAAGUUAUGGAAAAAAUAUGAACAGGCACUUGGUGGUCUCUAAGAAACGGGAUAUGUGGCAGGCGUUGGAGCAACUGCUGAGAAGCGGUGGUUCCACCGAGAGGUAUGAUCUUGUGAAGCCCACAGGGCCAGCACCGCAGCAAGAAGCAUGAUGAUGCUAGCAAGAAGUGCGUACCUUUUCAGACAAUUUCCUGAAGGCACUGGGAUGACAGGAAGGAUUCGGUUGAACUGUUCGAGGA